UCCCAUAGCACAGUGCGGGUCCUAUCACUUUACUUACCGCAGGCCGUGCCUGACACACCCAGCUCACUGUCUCUCUUAGCUUCUGAACUUCCCGAGGUAAAAUCCUGUGAGAAACCGAUAGUGAAGGCCGCCUGAAGCCCAGAAGCUCAGCUAGCAACAUGACUGUCUGCUGCGGCCUCAUCAUUGUAUGUUCCAAGAAACCAGUUCCCCUACGUGGAAUCUCUGUUGAUGUCCAAGUGAAAGGCUUUGUGGCCGAUGUUACCGCAACCCUCAAGUAUAAGAAUGUGGAGGAGCAAGCAGUGGAGGCGGUUUUUGUAUUUCCUAUGGAUGAAGACUCUGCUGUAUACAACUUUGUAGCAACAGUGCAAGGAAAAAGGAUUAUUGCGGAUCUUCAGGAGAAGAAGCAGGCCCAUAAAACUUAUGAUGAUGCCAUUAGCCAGGGCCAGGAGGCUUUCCUGUUGGAGGAGGAUGAGAGCUCUUCUGACAUCUUUAGCUGCAGUGUCGGGAAUUUGCCACCUGGUGAGGAGGCAGAGGUAACACUAAGCUAUGUGCGUGAGCUGCCACUGGAGGCUGAUGGUGCUGUACGCUUCGUGCUGCCGGCUGUCCUCAACCCUCGAUACACCCCAAAAGAUCAAGAGGAGAGUGUUACUGCCAGCCUUCCUCGCGUGCCAAUAGGUCAGAUCCCGUACACCCUGGAGUUGAGUGCUGAUUUCCAGUCUGCAUAUGGCAUUUCCAAGAUCGAGUCUAACUGUGAGCUCACCCCUGUGCAGUACACUAAUGAGGACAAGACUGCAGCCAAGGUUUCUUUGGGCGAGGGUUACAAGUUUGAGCGAGAUGUGGAGCUUCUGGUUUAUUAUGAAAAGGUGAACAAACCUAGUGUGACACUGGAGGCCGGGUUACCGGAUGCUGAGGCUGGUUCCCUUAUGGCAGAACCAGCCGUGAUGUUGAACUUUUAUCCCAGCUUCCCAGAAGUUCAGGAACAAUCCAACCGCGGGGAGUUCAUCUUCCUUGUUGAUCGAUCUGGAAGUAUGGAGUGUGCAAUGAACUCUGAGCCCAAUGCGCCACUGCGUAUUCAAAGCGCCAAGGUCACGUUAGUUAUAUUGUUCAAAUCUCCUGAUUUAUGCCUGUUUAACAUCUUUGGUAUUGGUUCCCACAAAGAUUUUUUCUUUCCCGUGGAAAGCAUGGAGUACACACAGCAAACAAUGGAAGAAGCUUUAAAGAAGGUUAAUGAGAUGGACGCUAGCUUUGGAGGAACAGAAAUUCUCGAACCAUUACAGAAAAUCUACAAGACAGCUGGGAGACCAGAGCACCCGCGCCAGCUUUUUGUCUUUACGGAUGGAGAAGUUGGGAACACAUUGCAAGUUAUAGAAGAAGCAAAAAGGAACGCUAAAAACCACAGAUGUUUUGCAUUUGGAAUUGGAGAAGGAGCCUCAACAUCUUUGAUUAAAGGCAUCUCACGAGCAGCUAGUGGCACCUGUGAGUUUAUCACUGGCAAAGAGAGAAUGCAGCCCAAGGUUCUCAGAGCCCUGAAAUGCUCAUUACAGCCAACUGUGACUGAUAUAGAACUUAAAUGGACCCUCCCUAGUGGUCUGGAGCCUGUUUUACUAUCCAAAACUCCCAGCUCCAUCUUCCAGGGCCAAAGAUCUAUUGUAUAUGCUCAGCUGAAGGGGCAGGUGAAUGAGGGAACUGAGGGUCAUGUUUGCCUUGAAUACAAAUUUAAAGAUGACGUCGUCACCAAUGUUAUCCAGUUCCCCCUUACGUUUCCAAAGACAGAGAGACCCACAAUCCACCGUUUGGCUGCAAAGGCUCUGAUCUCUGAGCUGGAGUACGGUACAGAUGCAGACUCAGAGGAAGUAAAGAAGAGGAUCCUGGAAACCAGUCUCCAGUCGGGGGUGGUCUCCUCUCUCACAGCCUAUGUGGCUGUCAACAAAGACAGCAAGAAACCUGUAGAGGGUCCACCCAUGAGGGUCAAUAUCCCUGCUCCAGGUCUGUUCAUGCCUCAGAUGUGUUUUAUGGCGGCCCCGCAAAUAGCGUACUGCAGAAUGGCUUGUGAUGUGCAGCUAUGCGACUCAGCUGCCACGCCCGACAUGAUUACAUUUGAAAGUGAAGCCGUGUACGAUGCGGCAGUAUGUUCAUUUGAGGAUGGGACUCCUUCUGCAGCUCAAGAGGCAUGGAUCAGCCCUGCACAACAAGAGGCAGAGAUCUCUCCCCUCAUCAGACUGAUCUCUCUGCAGAAGGCUGACGGGUCCUGGGACCUUGAGCCAGAACUGGCUUCUGUACUGGGGUUUUCAGAAGAGGAAUUCAAGGGAAAAAAUCCUGAUCCGAGCAUUGAUGCUUCAGUGUGGGCCACAGUCCUUGCUGUCAUCUGGCUUCACACGUCCUGUCCUGACCAGAAGGAUGAGUGGGAGCUGCUAGAGGGGAAAGCCCUGGCAUGGGUCAAAGCCAAAGCAGGUGCUUCAUUGAGUGAGUUCGUCAAAGCUGCCAACGAGUUGCUGAAAGGUUCAGUUGAUCCUAAAGUUUUCAGCCUGUAAGAAAUCAUCUGAGCACUUCCUGGAACAGAAGAGAUGAGCCAAGACUUUGCUCCCUGAAUGCUGCAAUAAAUAGGGUUUUUAGUUCAUCUUAUAACAUCUGUUAUUAAUUUAGUGCCUUUUUAUUCACAGUUCCUCUCUGAAAACUCUACCAAACAACCUUUAUAUGUGUAUAACUUAGCUAUGUGCAAUUGUAAUUCAUUCAGAUGAACGAAUAACAAAUAUGGCUGUGAGUAGCAGCAUUCUGCUCUUUUCAGAGCUGAACUUGUUCCUUUGAAAGUGCAAAUCCACUCCAAAAAGAGGAGGCCACUACCCACAGUCAUAUUUGUCAUUUGUUCAUAGGGAUGAAUAAUAGAAUGCCCAUACCUACGAUAAAUGUGAAGCCUGUCUUACUAUGCUACUUGUCUGUUUGCAAAUAAAUAAAUUUAGGAGUUGUAUCCCUUUUCCUUGUCAGCCUUAUUGGUGCAAGUACAGUGCUACCUUUAUUUUAUGUUUAAUAAAAAAAACUAUUCUUCUUGUCUUGAUAAAA